AGGAGGUUAGGUGUUCAAACUGGGAAAAAAACAAACAAACAAAAACCCGUUUAAUUAAAGUUUAGAACAUGUAGAAAAGCAUCCUUAAGAUAAAUAAUCAGGAAUGAGGAAUGUUAGCAGCUUAAUGGUUUUGUAGUUUUAUGUUUUCAAGAGCUGUGAAUACUUUAUUUGGGGUUUUAAAACCAACGUUUUAUUUUAUUAAUUCAAAAGACUGACCAUACAAUAAUGAAAUGCAGUUUAAGAUUUAAAAAAAAAAAAAAAAAAAGUGGUGUUAGUAAUUUUUGACAUCUCCAACUGCAGCCGCCUGUGGAUUUUGCUUUGCAGUUUUAUCAGUGGCUCCAGGUUCUGAAAUGUUUCACUUCAAGUUUGUAAACCACAGCAACUCGCUACUGCAAAACAUGAACCUACUGCGGGAGCAAGACUGCUUUUGCGAUGUCGCCCUACAGAUUCACAAUUUCACAUUCCAGGGACAUAAAGUUGUAUUGGCUGCCUCGUCUCCCUUUCUGCGGGACCAGUUCCUGCUUAACGAUUCAAGGGAGGUUUCCAUCUCAGUCCUGCAAAGCUCAGAAAUUGGAAGACAGCUGCUGCUGUCUUGCUACACAGGCGUACUGGAGUUCCCUGUGAAGGAGCUGGUGAACUAUCUGACUGCUGCCAGCGCUCUGCAGAUGGGUCACGUGGUAGAACGGUGUACACAGGCUGUGUCCCAGUACCUUGACCCAACGCUUGCAGAUAUAAAAGGGGUGAUGACUUUUAAUGAGGCACAGCCGUGUUCUCCAUCUUCUGACGGGGAUGAAUUGCAAGAAACCGUAGAUGGAUUUGACAUAGACUCUGAGGACAGCACCCAUGUAGUGAAAAAUGUCCCCUCUUCUAUAAUUCCCUCCAAAUGCGAGCGCUUUGUUUCCAAAUCUCUAGCCUUGUCCGUUGAAACCUCUGGAAGCAACACGCAGGACUAUUCCAGAGACGACUCAGUUGACCAGGAGGUGGUCAGUGGAGACAUUUAUGUGCUCGCGGCCCAGGAAAUCGAAUUCCAGGGCUUAGCCUCGAGUAGCCUUGAAGAGUGUCUGCAACACGACCAGGUCCAGUCUUCUUUGAUCAGCAAGCUGAUGUCGGAGAACUUUAUCAGAGAGCACGACGCCAUAUUGCAAAAGCCCUAUUACUGCCGGAAGUGCAGCAAAGUCUUCCAGCACCUGGAAAACUACAUCAGCCACGUGAAAGAGCACAAGAUGUACCUGUGCUUGCGCUGUGGCAAGACGUUCUCGCAGAAGAGUAACCUCACCCGACACGUACGUGUGCACACUGGAAUGAAACCCUUCGAGUGCCUGCUCUGCAAAAAGGCCUUCAGCCAGAAGGCUACGCUACAGGACCACAUUAACCUUCACACGGGCAUCAAGCCUCACAAAUGCAACUACUGCGCAGUGCAUUUUGCACAUAAAGCAGGACUGAGGAGGCAUCUGAAGGAUGUACACAGGAAGAGCAGCUUGGAAAACACCUGUGAAGAGGUGGAAGCACUCAUUGUGGACAGCGAUUAGCAGAAACUGAAAGCAAGCACACUUGUUGACGUGAAUGCUGGCUCAUGCAGAUGUGAGAAGGCACAAACUCAUGGUGAUUUUCAGAGUGUGGUAACUUGUACAGUUUACACAAGUUUGCAGUCCUGUGUGGAAUGAGGUUCAUGUAAAUAUGGAGGGUUUAAAGAGUAAGCAGUUUUAAUAGGUCAUUUAAAUUGAUUUCACAUUUCCCUUGCUAUGUUAUGGUGUUUGCCGUCAUUGAGUGGUUGUUUUGCUAAAAUCAUAUGCUUUGACCUGGCUUUGACCUGACUUUGAACUUGCUUUGAUCUUGUUUAAAGAAUACUGAGUACUGGCACCAACAGCCUUCAUCAGUACAUUCACAUCAAGUGGCAAUGACUUGGUCUACAUACAGUGUAGAAACACCAAAUUCCCUCUCCCUUGUUAUUCUGUGAGUAAAAUAAAAGGGAUAAAAAUGUGAGUUUUCCCUGCUACAUUAUAAGACACAAACAGUACUACUGGGUAACAGUUAACACAGGAAGUACUGUUGUUCUUUUUACACUUGUCUCUAUGUUGUAUUUUAGUUUAUAACUAAUUAUUCUUGAAUUGUAACCUAGUAUUACAGCGUAACAUGUGUAAGUCACUUUGGAUAAAUGCAUCUGCUAAAUAAAUAAAUAAAAUAAAAAUAGUUUUUCAAAUU